CAGCUUUGCGCUCAGCAUAGAAAUAGUGGGAGGCAGAGCAACAAGCACAGACCGUUACUCAAGAGAGUCGUCAAGCAGGUGAGCGUAAAAAACACCAUAUUCCAACAUGGGUGCUGAUGCGGAGAAUGGCAAAAAGAUUUUUGUUCAGAAAUGCGCACAAUGUCACUCCUACGAAGUGGGAGGAAAGCACAAGCAGGGUCCUAAUCUUGGCGGAAUUGUUGGCCGCAAAUGCGGUACUGCCGCUGGCUACAAAUAUACUGAAGCUAACAUCAAAAAGGGCAUCGCUUGGACAGAAGGCAAUCUGGAUGAGUAUCUGAAGGAUCCAAAGAAAUUUAUUCCCGGCACCAAGAUGGUUUUCCCUGGACUCAAAAAGGCCGAGGAUCGCGCUGAUUUGAUUGCAUUUCUCAAAACAAACAAAUAGUUUGAAAACCUCAA